UCCAGAUCUACACAUCUGCAUUUUCAUUCACUAACCAAGACUAGUCAGAAGCAUCACCAUGACCGCUUUACCGCAAUCAGGAAGAGCCAUUGUCAAGAACAUCAUCUCUGGAGACAGUAUUGUACUUCGCGGGAAGCCGGUCAACGGCCCUCCACCGGAGAAGGUCUUGUCACUUUCGAACUUGGUAGCUCCAAGGUUGGGGUCUCCCAAAGACCCAGAAAAGGAAGAGUCGUUUGCCUUCGAGUCUCGCGAGUACUUGCGAAGUCUAUUGGUCGGAAAAGAAGUUGCCUACAAAGUGGAAUACACCACCACAACGAAUCAACGUGAUUUUGGCGUCGUCUUGGUACAACAUCCCAUUGACGGGGAGACCAACAUCAAUCGCAUUAUUGCGCGAGAGGGAUGGGCCAAGGUCAAGUCUCCCGAAGGAAAGCGGACGGCAACCGAAGAGCAAGAGCUAUUGGCAAGCUUGGAGGCAGAGGCGCAGGCAGCCAAGAAAGGAAUCUGGCAGGACCAGAAUACUUCCAAAGGAAUUGUUCGCUACGAUGUGCGGGAUGAUGCGAGAGCAUUCUUGGACAAGUACAAGGGAAAGCCUAUCGACGCGAUUUUGGAGCAAGUACGCGAUGGAUCUACAUUCCGAGUCUGUCUACUGUUGCCAGAGGGCAUUCGUCAAUACAUUACACUGAUGCUUUCUGGUAUUAAAGCUCCAGCAUACCGUAAGGGAGUGCCAAACGUGGAGGAUCUGGUGGAAGAAUACAGUGAAGAGGCAAAGUACUUUGUCGAAUCCCGCCUGUUGCAACGUGACAUCAAGGUGGUUUUGGAAGGGCUUUCAUCCAAUGAUAAUUUUGUCGGAAGUGUCCAAUUCCCGCUCGGAAACAUUGCGGAGGCUCUACUUGGCGAAGGAUUGGCCAAAGUUGUGGAUUGGACGAUCACGAUGGUCACUGGUGGUCCCCAAAAGUACCGCGCAGCCGAGCAGCGAGCAAAGGACAGGAAGCUUCGGAUAUGGAAGAGUUGGGUUGGCAAAGCCAAGGUUGGCGGUCCGGAGCCCGAGUUUGAUGGCAUUGUGACUCGCGUCUUGUCAGGCGAUACACUCCUCGUACAGAGUAUUGCUACAGGCAAGGAACGCAGAAUACAGCUUUCCAGCAUUCGCGCACCAAAGGCACCGGAGAAACCCCAGCAGCCCACAAAGGACCAGUCCGUGAAAGAGUACGGAUACGAUUUCGAGGCAAGGGAAUACCUACGGGGCCGUUGUAUCGGAAAGCCUGUCCACGUGGUUAUUGACUACAUCAAGCCGGCGGAUGGCCCGUACGAAGAGCGCGAAUGCGCAACCGUAACCCAAGGACCGAAGAAUUUGGCAGAGGUAUUGGUAGCCAAGGGGCUGGCAGAUGUUAUUCGGCAUCGAAAGGAUGACGAUAAUCGAUCAUCCCAAUAUGACCAGCUACUGAUCGCGCUCGAUCGUGCGCAAAAAGCAGGGAAAGGCAUCCACUCCACAAAAGACGCACCGGUUCACCGUAUCAGUGAUGCCUCAUCAAAUGUCGCAAAAGCCCGACAAUUUUUCCCGUUCCUACAGCGAUCGGGGACAAUUUCCGGUGUUGUUGAUUAUGUGUCGAGCGGAUCACGAUUUAGAAUAUAUGUGCCAUCCCAAAAUUGUACUCUAACAUUGGUUCUUGGGGGCAUUCGAGCUCCAAGAGCAGGUCGCCCUGGUGAGAAGAGCGAACCUUAUGGACCCGAAGCUUUGGAAUUUGUAACCAGGAGAGCCAUGCAACGAGACAUUGAAUUCAGUGUAGAGGGCCAAGACAAGGUGGGAGGGUUUAUCGGAUCCUUGUAUCUUACAAUCAAUGGCGAGCGGAAGAAUGUGGCAGUCAUGCUAAUGGAGGAGGGGUACGCCAGUGUACAUGGCUAUUCUGCUAGCCAAAGUCCGAACGCCCACGCAUUGUACGAAGCGGAGAAGAAAGCACAGGAUGCUCACAAAGGUAUUUGGAAAGACUGGACACCCGAAGACAAUCAGCCGAUUGUAGAGGAGAAGCCAGAGGAAGACAAGCCGAUUGAAACCAAAGACGUGAUCGUUAGCCAUAUUGAAGACGGCGGUCGGAUAUUUUUGCAGGUUCUUGGUUCCGAUUUGGACCGCCUCGAACGCCUCAUGGCCGAUUUUUCCCUUCACCAUAAGAGCGCAGCAGCUCCACCAUACCAACCACGCAACGGCGAAUACUGCAGCGCCCAAUUCGGUGCCGACGACCAAUGGUACCGCGCACGGGUAACAAAGGUCAACCCCGACAAGACCUACAACGUCACGUACGUCGACUAUGGAAACUCGGAAACAGUCCCAGCAUCCCGCAUCCGCGCCCUGGACAGCUCUUUCAACACCAUGACGCUCAAUCCCCAAGCAUCUGAAGCCAAACUCGCGUACCUCCAAGUCCCAACAUUAGACCAGGAUUAUGGCGAAGAAGCUUUUGAGCAGCUCCGUAAUCUGACCGAAGGCCGAACCCUUCAAGCACGGAUUCUAGGACGCGUACCGAGCUCUGUGGGCUCAGGGCAAGCACUGAACGUUGUGCUAUACGACACCAAGAAUAGUCGAGACGUGAGCGUCAAUGAACGUUUGGUCCGAGAAGGGCUCGCUAUUGUGGAGAAAGUAUACAGAAAACGCUUUGCGGGACAGCAAAACGCGAAACGUGCGAAUGGGGCUACUGGCAAUACGGCGAAAAAGAGUGUUUUGGACGCUGUGAUGGAAGCACAAGAGGAUGCUAAAAAGAGCAGGGCGAAUAUGUGGCGGUAUGGGGAUUUCACAGAGGACGAUGAAUAAGCCCAAAAGGAAGGCAUUAUUUCUCAUCUGUCAACAGCAAAUCUUGUGCUGUAUUCUGGGACCGGUUGAGUUGAACUUUUGUACUAUGUAGGAAUGUAGUUUAGGUGAUACCAUUUCUGCAUCACAGUCCAAAAAUCAAACUUCUCUAUCUGGCGCCAAA